AUGUUCAGAAAGAUCCAUUCAAUCUUUCACCCCAACUCCCAUAGGAGGAGUCUGGCUGAUGAUAUCCCUUGCUAUGAUGGCACAGGCUCUGCUGUAAGGCUGAUCCGCAGCACCUCUAUGUACACUCUUGGAGGUGAGCAGCAGAGACUCAAUGAAUCCUUGAAAAAAUGCAAAAGUACCACCAGUAUAGAAUCAUGUGCAUACUUCCAGCAGAAAGAGGAAGACAGGGCCUGGAUGUACUCCAAGACUCAACAUUGCUUACAGUACUUACAGGAUCUAUUAGCUUUGAGAAAAAAAUACCUUGACAGCAUCAAUGACUUAAAAUCCAUGAACAUGACAUCAGAAAUUUCUCCGGUGUCAACAAAAUCCUCCAAAACAGGGAAAAAGCCACUACACCCACUUCCUACCAGGCACUCCUCUAAGAUAUCAAUGGAGAAAAGAGUCCCACAGUCCAAUUCAGAUGUAAGAGAGGCAAUAGCUUUCUUGGACUCUGUGAUUGCAGAUCUGGAUGCAGAGAGAUGGCAGAAAGUUCCUGUGACAGAUCUCCCAAACGUGGAUGUUGACUUUGAUGUUGCUACCAGCACUCGUGAGCACAGUUUACAUUCAAACUGGAUUCUCCGUGCCCCUCAGAGGCACUCCCAAGAUGCCUUGCAAAUAGCAGAGGCAGCAAGCCAGUCUAAAAGAAACAGCCAGAGAAGAACAACUGGCUCCAGAAAGAGAUUGGAAAGAUAUCCAAUUUAUUUACCCAAAGCUGUGGAAGGCGCAUUCAGCACUUUAAAAUUUAAACCAAAAUCAUGUAAGAAGGACUAG